AUGAUGCAACAUGUCAGAGUUACCAAAUCAUCUACAAAUGAGAAACUUGAUUUGAGGCUUGACAUAUUGCAAACUACUAGGUCUCCACCGCAUCCUCAAGCCCGACAAAAUGGUGGUCUUAUAGAGAAUGGAAGUAAUGUGAUUAGUGCAUGUCAAAGCCACAAUGCUGUUGUGUUUUCAGAGAUAGAAGAUACCAGAGAACCAUCCAAGAUAAAAUCUGGAAAAAAAGAGGACUCACUUAGUCGGGAGAUUCUUGAACAGCAUUUCCAUCUGACUUGUCUAGACGCUGCAAGCAAGCUAAAUUUUAGUGAAUCUACUCUAAAGCACAGAUGUAGGAAGCUUGAUAUCUCGAGGUGGCCAUCUCGUAAGAGAAACAAGGUAAAGCUAGUGGAUGAAUCCAUUCCAAGUGCCGGAGCAAACGAUCCUACUCUUUCUACGAGUCCAAGUCUACUUCCCACUGUUGUUGUACUUGAUCAACCAAAGCCUUCAAGCUUUGAACUUCAAAGAGAAAAGGGAAAAUCACUCUGCUCUACAACGGAAGUGGGUUUUGGAUAG